CUAAUAAAAUUAAUGAAAUGCUUGGACAAGAUUAUAUUACAGCAAAAGAUAUUCUCAAUACUGCACAGGAAAUUGCUAAGUGUCUUGAAUUUGUAGUAAUAAUCAAAAACAGUAGUUGUUGCCAUUUACAUCUUCAAUGCAAAUGUGGUAGUCAACCUCGUAAUACCUCAAAUUUGACACAUGUUACUGAAAUAAUAAAUAAGCAUAAUUAUCCUAUGACCAAAAAUAAAAGAAUUUUCCAUGAACAUCAUCAGUUAAUGCAGAAAACAAGAAGUGCAGGUGUGCAAAUGUUGAAAGCAGGAGCAAGCCCAAGUAUGAUCUAUAAAGCUAUUAGAGAUGAGGAUGGAAAUCCAACUGCAAUUCAAAAGGACAUAUCUAAUUUAGGCUUACAAAUCAACUUUCUAGAGGAGAUUGUUUCAAUAAAGGCACUGAUAAUCGGCUUAGAGAAAAGAGAAUAUAUAAUGCCGUGA